UGCGACACGAAUUCUUGUUUACAUAAUGUUACCAAUCGCAAGCCAGUAUGAGGUGAUGACCUUAGGUCACAAGACAUUAAAUAUUCUAUUUCAUGCCUGCAAAUUCCUGUCUGGUAAAGACGCUUUAAUUAAACACUUUAUGCGGAAGCGAUAUUUAUCUGCUGCUUUAAACAGAUCAUUCUGUUAAAGAUUUCAAGCAAAUACUAACACAGACUUUCUCGAAGAACGAACACUGUAUCUAUAUUCAGUCUAUAUCGUGAGAUUUAUACUACAGAGCGACUAACAUCAACACAGAACUUGCUUUGUGAUUACGACACAAAAGCGUCGUGAAAUAUAUGGCGUCUUCUAUACAAGGCUAUGACGAGGAAAGGUUUGCGAGCACAGUCAAUCGAAAUUUCCUGUGUUUGAUUUGCUUCAAUGUCCUUAAAGACCCGGUUCUGUGUCCGAGAAACCAACAUUGUUUCUGUCGUGGUUGUAUUACGAAACAUCUCGAGAAUUCACGAAGAUGCCCUACGUGUGCGGAAGAACUGACCGUAGAGACUCUAGCUGAACCCAACAGAAUGGUGAAAGAUUAUUUAAAUGAAUUGAAGAUUCAUUGCGUUUACAACAACAGAGGUUGUCACGAGAUCCUACAACUGCAACAUCUUGAUAACCAUGAGGCUACAUGUGGAUUUACGCCAACCGUUUGUACAAACCAAGGCUGUGGUGCAACUUUAAACCAGCGUGAUCUUAUUCAUCAUCAAAGUGAACUAUGUGAAUUUCGCAAGUUGAAGUGCCACUCGUGCGGAGAAAUGGAGAAAAGAAUGGCGAAUCUCGAGCAGAAUAUGGAGAGAAAUGCGGCAGAUAUGGAAGGAAAACUCGAAGCAGUAAAUAAUGAAGUGAGAGGAUUGAAAACAGCUUUGAUUGAAGGUUUUGAUGAAAUGAAGGAUGUUCUUGUCAAGAUGGAGGACAAGACAGAAGAAAACACAAGAAAGGUAAGAAAUACAGCAAGUGGUGAUAAGGAAAAUAUAAUUGUUGCCGGAGGUACCUGGAAUGACUCUGUAGAGAUGUUUAACUGGCGUCAAAGAACAUGGUCGCCAUUACGAUCCUUGCCAAAGAAACGUUUUGGAGCGUCCUCAUUUGUGUACAACAAUCAUGUGACAAUUGCAGGAGGUUGCUGUUCUAGCUAUGUCGAUGAUAUGAUUAGAAUGAAUAUCAACCCAAAUCCUGAUCUCUCAAUGCACUGGAGUGAGUGUCCUGUUAAACUACCUGCUAAGUUGGUAUCCCACAGCAGUGUGCUGUAUAAGGAUCACUUGAUAGUCACAGGUGGUAAGAAUAGAAAUGCAGUAUCUGACUGUAUUCAUGAAGUCCAGCUGGUUCCUCCGUAUACUGCGAAGAUCUUAUCAAGAAUGCCAGAACGAAGACAGCAUCACAGUACGCAAUUAUUUGAUGAUAACUUGUUGAUCGUUGGUGGAAGAACAACCGACAGACACCAAGACAGCCUCAGCAGUGUCGUACUGUAUGAUAUGAAGAAGAAUGAAUGUAAACAGUUGGCACCACUGCCGUAUGAAGUGAAUGAGAUGGCAACUGUGAGAUGGGGAGACAACAUCGUCGUUAUAGGCGGCAUUGACAAACGUGGCGAAGCAUUAGAUACAGUUAUCAUUUACAAUGUCAAGACUGAACAAAGUCACUUGCUGCCGUCAAUGAGAUGUGAGAGGUACGGAUGUGCUGCAGUUGUUAUUGGAAGCAACAUAAUAGUACUGGGAGGACAUAAUGGGCAAGGAACGAAGUCAGUUGAAACUUUCAACUUUGAAAGUUAUACUUGGCAAGAACUUCCAGAAAUGUCUCAAGGAAGACUGUUUCCCACUGCUGUUGUUGUGUGAACAAUGUAAGAAUGUUGAACAGAUAAUAAGUGGACUUCAUAUUGUGAACAACUAAAG